CUUGUGAAAGGCGAACCGCUGCAUAUGAAUAAUGAACUCUUUAACUACGACUUUUCAGGGAAAGUUGUUUUGUAUGUGUAUGUGUAGGGGGGUGGUUAUGGGUUGAAGUUAAAUAAAUUACAACCGGGCGUUUAUUUCAUCCCUUUUAUUCAAGCAUGUAUGUAGUCAUUCCUGGGCGAAAUGAAUUUCGCGUUUAGAAAUGUUCUUGCUGGACCACAUUUUAGGCCAGUGUGUUUCUCAAGGUUUUAUGCUUGGCGGCCCUGUGGAUAAGAUGCCCAGUACACCAGAGGACCGGUGCCGGAUUUAUAAAUUAUCUUGAGAAUUAAUUUCGUUUACAUGUCAAAACUAAUUUGUUACUAUCCACGAUGAGCAAAUGAGCGAGAGGGGAUUUUAAAAAAAUAUUUUAAUUUAAUGCUGGCUGAUUUACGUUGUCUUCUCUCUAAUUGCAGUUUGAUAAUUUUUAAUCUACUUCUGACAAUAGCUUGUGUCGUGUGGCACGGACAAGCCACGUGAGGGCCGCGGAGAGCUGUCAGACAUUGGAAAAACACUAUGGGGGGAAUACCGUCUUAGGCCUCUUUACCUAUUACCGAUAGAGGGGUUCCGAUUCUCAUGGAAUGCUUUGAAAGCGGCCAUGAUUUCUGCCUUAAUCCGUAUUGUUUGACGAUCUCUCUCUUUCUCUCUCUCACUCCCUCUUUCUCUCUCUAACUCUCUCUUUCUCUCUCUCACUCUCUCUUUCUCUCUCUCACUCUCUCUUUCUCUCUCUCACUCUCUCUUUCUCUCUCUCACUCUCUCUUUCUCUCUCUCACUCUCUCUUUCUCUCUCUCACUCUCUCUUUCUCUCUCUCACUCUCUCUUUCUCUCUCUCACUCUCUCUUUCUCUCUCUCACUCUCUCUUUCUCUCUCUCACUCUCUCUUUCUCUCUCUCACUCUCUCUUUCUCCCCCUUCCCAAUAGGUCACCUAAUGCAUUUUUUUUCCGGUUGCUCUAGCUUUGGUUCAACCCCUUAGAUCAGUGUUUCUCUCAACCUGCCUAAUGGCGCGACCCUUUAAUACAGUUGCUCAUGUUGUGGUUAUCCCCCCCCCCAAACUAUUAACUUCUUGUCGAUGCUGCUUCAUAAAAUAUGUGGUUUCCGAUGGAUUUAGGUGACCCCUACUUAAAGGUCAUUCGACCCCCCAAAGUGGUCGCAACCUACAGGUUGAGAACCACUGCUUUAGAAAAUGUUUGUUAACUGACCGUAUGUACAAAUGUCGUAGUGUCAGGGAAGGUGUCGUUGGGGGGUCAGAGCUCGGGUUUUUUCCCGUGUUGUUGUUGUUGUCGUCUAAACAAGUAAUAAAUUAUAAUCACCAAACCCAGUGGCGUUACAGUCCACGGAAGACUUUUGUCUGUUUCUCCACUUUCUUCAAAUCCAUCCAUCACUGCGGCGCUACAGCCAUACAGGACAUUGGUCUGUCUCACUUCUUUCUUCAACUCAAAAAAUCGAUCCACCCCUGUGGCACUAGAGCUAUAUAGGACAUUGGCCUGCCUCAACACUUUCUUCAAAUCAGACGAUCCAUCCAUUCACCCCUGUGACACUAGAGCCAUGUCGGACCUUGCCCUGCAUCACCACUUUCUUCAAAUCAGACGAUCCAUCUAUUUACCUCUGUGGCACUACAGUACAUUUAAGGCUUUGGUCUGUCUCGCCACUUUCUUCCUCUCAGUUGAUCUUUCAAUCCCUGUUUCCUAGCGUCUUCAAUCAGAAAUUAAAAUGGACAAAUGUGUUGAUUAUAACAUUUUUUUUCCAUAAACUUUCACUGAUGAUAAUCAGUUGCAGAUUAAGUAAAAAAGGUCAAGUAUAAACCUCCUCACAGAUGACAGAGUCAGUUUAGAAAAUCUUCAGCUCAGAACCAGAUGCAGGAAUGUUAAUAGUUUAAUGAAUUUACUAAACUUAAUUCUAACGAAGUGGCUAUUCGAACCGGGGCCCGAGAAGUUAAAGGUUGAGAUUAAUUUUUUUUUUCAAAUGUUAUUGUUCAGUUGUAAGACAAAAUUUGGUAUCAAAUGAAAGAUAAUUGAAUAGGCUAUAUGUUUGUAAACUUAAUUCUUUAGUUUAACUAAAAAAAACUACCACAAAUGUCAUCCGAAUAGCAUUGAGACUAAAGGGACCCGGGUCCGAAUAGCGACGAUGCGUUUCCGGUUCCGUUGUGACUAAAUGCUAUUCUGAUGUCUUUUGUUGUAGAUUAUUUUAGCUAAACUUAAGAAGAACGUUUACAAACAUAUAUUUUAUUCAAUUAUGUUUCAUUUGUUAAUAAUUUUGUCUUACAAACCCUACAAUAAUUUUUAAAUGUUUUUUAAAUAAACUCAAACUCUAGCUUCUUGGACCCGGGUCCGAAUAGCUGCACCCUAUUUCAAUUAGACGCACGGACUCGAUUUAAUUUUAGUUCAACUAUUCUACAUAAAUCAAUAUACAUACAGUGGUAGAAAAACAAUUCAAUAUGUCAGAGCUUUUGUUCCCAUGUUGUGAAUAUUGGAAUGCCUUAUUUUUAAAAAAUCAAGACUGAAAAAAAUUAAAUUCAGGGGCGCAUUUAUACAGUUUACGACAAUCUUCUUACGCAUUUCUUGUUUUCUGUAAAUUAUUGAGACAAACAUAUUUUCAGGAUGAACAAUAUUAUACUUCUUUUUGUCAGACAUAGGAUAUUAAAAAUUCUUUGAUUGCAGAUUUUUAUUUUUACCAAUAAAUAAAGAAGAUUUUCAAUUUUACCAAUUAAUAUAGCAUAAGUCCUUUUAUGCCAAUUAAUAUAUCAUAAUUUCCUUUAUGCCAACUAACAUUGCAGAUUUUCAUUUAUCUUAAGUAACUUAGCAGAUUGUUUAUGGCCCAAUUUAUAUAAAUUUUCAUUUUUCUUAAUUAAUAUAGCAUUUGUUCAUUAAUCCCCAAAAAUAUGGCAAAUUUCCAUUAAUCCAAAUAAUUAUAUCACGAAGAAAUGAAAGGACGAAUUAAAACAAAAGUUGUUUGUUUUUUUACAUAGCACCGUCUUCUCCCACCCACCCCAAUAAACAAGAGAAUCAGCCCCACCCCAAUUUUCCCCCCAAAAUAAUGUAUUUUAUUUAACUUUUAAAAAACAUUUUUGGGUCUUAUUCCUUUAAAGAAAGUUACUUACAAUGAACGUCAUGAAAUAUUCAUAUUGGGAACUCAUAACUAACCCUCGAGCUCCUCUGUUUAUUUCUAUAUAUGGUAUUAAUCAAAUAAUAUCCUACUGAUGUUUCUCCGUUUCCCUAUAUUUCAUCUAUUUUCUUAUUGCUGUUUGUUGAUGUAUCCCUGGAUAUUCUGGUCCAUUAUUAUUGUACACAGUGUCAAUAUUUAUAUUCUCUCGCUUCCUGUUUUCCCACUUCCGGAGAGACGAAUGAAUACUGCUUGAGUUUUCUACUGUGUUCUUUUCUUUGUUGUAUUUUCAUUUCUAUUGUUGGCUGAUGAAGGCUUUAUGCCGAAACGUCCUUGUUUUUUGUCCUGUUACCUUAUUUCAAGCUUCCACAUACCUCGUUUCACUAUUUCAUUCUUUUACAUAGCUUGAAAGCAGUCCCUUCAUUUAUUUAUUUGUUUAUUUCUACAACGGCAGGUCAAAAAAUUAUUUUACACUGGUCAAUGUUUACGCCUCUGAAGUCAACGAAGUUUUUUUUUUUCUUGACGCUUAACUGAAAGAUGAGAUUUAACACCCAAGUCUUACUAUAAGUAUUAGUUGCUGAUUAUUCGUAGAGUUAACACAAGUUACACGUCAUAUUCUUUACAGUUGACCAUGGCGACAUUGUUGACCAAAGCUCUGGUGAUCCUCAUUUUUGCUGUAAUGGGAGAGAAUGCAUAUGAUGACCCGCACUAUGUUAACUUUUGUGGACGUAACUAUUCAGAGUGCAAUCGGUAUGUGGAUAUGAUAAUUUUUUGGAGCUCAGUUUCCUCUUUAAAUGAACACUUGUAAGAAUAGGACAAGAUUUUAUAUAUAUCUUGUCCUAAUUUCAAUAAUACAUUAGAUCGCACUAAAUAUUUAUAGAACAAUUUAGAACUUUCUGGACUCUUCUAGAUUAACUUUAAUAAAAUGCUUGAAACAUGUGUAAAAAACUAUUUUUCAAAAAAAAUUCGAAUACGAUAAAAACUUUCCACAAAUGGCCUAAUUAUAAUCCUUUUUCUUUUAAGGUAAUUGAGUGGUCAGGGGUCCCAUUCCAGUGAGGUGUCAGGGGGCCCAUUCCAUAACUGUACCGAUAUAGUUAUGCCUGAGAUAGGGGGGCCUAUAAAAGUCAGACAGAUAAAUAAUAAAUUUAAAAUUUGCCUCUUUAAAGUCUACUUUAAAAUGCCACAGAUAUAGCUUUUUACAAUAAUCGAACUUUCUGCAAAAUUCUAGAUUGGAUAUUCUUAGUUUUAAAUCCAGUGAUAUGUCAAUACGAACAAUGGAGGUUAUGGCUAGCAAGUUAGGCAUAAAUCCACCAAUUCACAUAUUGCCUAUAGUGUUGUCUAAGCCUAUUGAUAUUCAUAUAGCAUAUGUAAGGAAACAUAAAAUGGAGCCCCCGUCCCCAGAGGGCAUUAUGAGUUCAGUGCACUUUGAUAUUUGGAUAUGGAUAAUCAAGUGUAUGUGUACUAAGUUUGGUCAAGAUCCACCUACUCAAGUAGGAGUAUUAAGCCAAUUGAUCUUUAUAAAUCUUAUAGGAAAAAGGAAAAAUUAAAGUGGGUCCCCGACCCCAGAGGAAGGCAUAUUAUGAGUUGAGGUACAUUUGGGUAUUUGAAUUUGGUUAAUCAAGUGUGUUUGUGUUAAGUUUGGUCAAAAUUCCAUCUAUUCCUGCAGGUGUAUUUAUUAAUUUUAUUUAUAUAAAUCUUGAAAGAAAAAAAAAGAAUUUAGGGCCCCCGGCUUCAAACGGAAUGUUAAAAAAAUUCAUAACCUCCCAGUAUUUGAUUCUUGAUCAUGGUGGAUAUAUGUGCAAGGUUUGGAGAUCCAUAACUCCAUGAUAAAGCCUUUGUGGGGAAAAAAAGUGGUAAACAAUUAAAUUAUCACAUAAAUGUAUAUACAUACAUACAAAUUACAACUCUUUUUUUAGUUUGGUAGCUGUUGAAGUAAAGCUAAUACCGUUGCAAGAUAAUCAGAUUAGUGACAAGGCGGACGAGAUAUAGGGCUGCUUUGCAGCCAGGCAUAAGCGAAAGUCUACUUCGCCUUUAAAGAUGUUUGCAGCCAAACUUUAUCAAGCUCAUCCCCAUUUCUGAGUGCUGCUGAGAAAAAUGAAAAGAAAAAAACCUUUUCAAGCAACACAGAACUGAACACCUUGAUGGCAUCAUAGAGCGAUCUGACUAGAGAAAACUAAUUGCUAGGGAAUCAGUCAUUUUUUCCUCAUUUUAGGCUUCAAGAUUUGGUCACAUCGCUUCCACCCACCCACUCACACACACUUUUUUUAUUAGAAACAAACAAGAAAAAGACCAUUUGUGUGUGUGUUGUUUUUAAUGUAUCUUUCUCGUUUUAAUUAAUUUUGCUAUUCAAAUGUUUAAAAAAAGGCAAGUUUUAUUAAUAAAUGUGUGAUGAGUUUAAUUAGAUGCGACAGUCGUAGUGUAGAAGUUCUUCCCACCCCAGGCAAAAAAAAAGACAGAAAUCUGGAAAUCCCGUCAGACCACGGUGAUUUAUCUUUACAUUUUAAUUCUGUAGCUAUUGCUGUUUUCUUUUUCCAGUGUCUUGAACUCCUCCUCCCCAGAAUGGCUUUUUAAUCCGUUUGCUAUUAACUAUAAGUCUAUCUCCUUCAUACUAUUAACUAUCUGUUACCUAAGUCUAUCUCCUCACUACUAUUAACUACAUGUUAUCUUUAACAAUAGCCUACCUACUAUUAACAAGCUGUAAUUGAAAUCUAUCUACUCCCCACUAUUAAAAAUCUUUUACCUAACUCUUAUCUCCAAACUGAUUUUAACUAUCUUUCACAUACGUCUAUCUCCUCCCUGCUAUUAACUAUCUCUAACUAAAUCUAUCUACUUCCUGCUAUUAACAAUCUUUCACCUAAGUCUAUAUCCUUCCAGUUAUUAACUAUUAUUCCCCUAAAUCUAUCGCCUCCCUACUUUUAUAGAUCUGUCAGCUGCGUCUACCUCCUACCUGGUGUUCACUAUCUGUUACCUUAACUUCAUCUCCCUCCGGAUAUUUACUAUUCCUGCUUCUAGCACACGCUAUGUACUUUUGAAGCUACAAAAUCAACUUAACACAAUUCUUCUUAUAAAUAAUUCGUGCCAUUCAAAGAUAAAGAUUACAAAUAUUUAAUUUUCCCUACCCAGAAUGCCCAGGGGUGAUGGAACCUGUUCAGAUUCAUGCUAUACAAUAUGUGCGGUCUAUUAUGGAUUUCGAAACGGAAAUUGCGUUGAGGACGUGGAAAGAUGCAGAAGUCACACGAUGUGGGACGAGCCUACCAGUUUCAAGUGUAAAUGCUGGGAUUUGAUCCCAACACCAGCAUGGCGUCCGAGGGGAUAAUGUAACGGACUCCCAUGCUCCCAUGCAAGCAGCGUUAAGAGAAAAUUUGAACACAUUUAUAAAUGCAAUCUGACAAAUAAAC